CAGGCGCUGCUGCCACCAUGCCCAAGAGAAAGGCAAAAGCAGAUGCUAAAGGUGACAAAGCAAAGGUGAAGGAUGAGCCACAGAGGAGAUCGGCACGGUUGUCUGCUAAACCUGCCCCUCCGAAACCAGAGCCCAGGCCCAAAAAGGCCCCUGCAAAGAAGGGAGAGAAGCCGGCCAAAGGCAGAAAGGGAAAAGCAGAAGGCAGCAAGGAUGGGAACAACCCUGCAAAAAAUCGAGAUGCCUCCACAGUCCAGUCACAGAAAGCAGAAGGCACCGGGGAUGCCAAGUGAAGUGUACUUUUUGGAUAGCUCUGUACUUCUAGUGACUCUGCUGUUUGAAAUACUAUUUUUUUUAAAUCAAAUUUUGUAAAAAUGUAGAUUUCUUUUUAAGUUAUGUUGUCAGCACACAAGACACUUUGUUGUUGUCUUUUGUGGAAAGGGCAAGUAACCACUGGUA